AUGGACUCAAACAAGACAUGUGCAAACAUCACGCAUAUCCAAGUGCAUGCAAACCCAGGAAACCUGGUGGUUAGUGCCAUCAUGUUUCUGGCUGGUGUUGUUGGUAACCUGGCAGCACUGGCCAUCCUCGGGGUUCAUCAAAAGGAACGUCGAACCAAAUCCUCAGUGUUUUGUAUCUUGGUAACUGGACUUGCUGUGACAGAUCUGGCAGGGACAUGCUUGCUUAGUCCACCUGUGUUUGUGUGCUAUGCUCAUGCCACCUCUCUGGUUGGCCUGACAGACAACAUGCGCUUGUGUGACCUCUUUGCCUUUGCCCUGACCUUUUUUGGCUUGGCAUCCAUGUUCAUCCUGUGUGCCAUGGCAGUGGAGCGCUGCCUGGCCAUCAGCCACCCAUAUUUUUACUCAAAGCAUGUGCGGCGAAGCUUUGCCAAGGUUGUUCUUGUCCUUAUCUACCUUUUCACAUGUGUUUUCUGCAUACUGCCCUUCUUUGGCGUUGGCCGCCACAAGCAGUAUUGCCCUGGCACAUGGUGCUUUAUUAAAAUGGAGGUCACAGACGAUGAUAUUGAGGAUGAGAAGUACCACACACUUGCUUACUCACUAUCCUAUUCACUACUCAUGGCUCUGCUCAUUGCUGUGGUCUUUGUGUGCAAUGGCUCAGUCAUCGUCAGUCUGUGCCGCAUGCAUCGUAGCCAACUUACACGCCGUGGAUCUGUGGUUUCAAAUGGACGCAAGAAAAGGCUUGGCAACUGGUUUGGUCAAGGCGAUGAGGAGAUCGACCACCUUGUGCUGCUGGCAUCCAUGACUAUCAUCUUUGUCGUCUGCUCCCUGCCUCUUACUAUCUUUGGCUUUGUAAAUGCCUUCAGUCAUGUGGGAAACGACCAGCAGAACCUCCUGGCAUUUCGUUUCUCUGCCUUAAACCCAGUGGUGGACCCCUGGGUCUUCAUCAUUUUCCGCAAGUCCAUCUUCAGGCAUGUGCGUGCGCUCCUGCGAUGUCGUUUCGGCAGGGCGGCGGUGAAGAACACGGCUCGUGAUGGUCUCUCUUUUCGUUUAGAGAGUGUGGUGCCUCCAGAGUCCGCUGCGCUCCAGAGUAAGAUUUACAGUGGACUCCCUCAGUGA